AUGAUGUACAGCGGCUCGAUGUGCUACUGUUUCUUGUGUAGUGGGCCGCUUUCCGAGCUGUUCGUCGGCUCGGCCUCCCCACGAGCUUUGAGGAAGCGUCGCCAAAGCGUUGAGAAGAAGAGGUUGGCACCAAGGGCAAGGGCAUACGACUCGGUUUUAUAUGAAUUUGAAGACGAGGGUGGAGACGAGGACGAGGAGACCGAGGAUGACGAGGAGAACGAGGAUGACGAGGAGAACGAGGAUGACGAGGAGAACGAGGAUGACGAGGAGAACGAGGAUGACGAGGACGAUGAGGAGAUUGAUGUGUGUAAAGAGGCAAAUUCGUAUGACCCCGAACUAGCCACCAAGGAACGGACGGAUUUGAUCCAGUAUCUGCAGGGCUUGGAUCUCUGGAAACGCGAGGUACCGUGGCGUGAUCCAAACCAACCCUCUUCGGAUGGCAGCAGUUAUUUUUCUGGAAAUGGACACGAAGUGGUUUUCCCCUUCCACUCUAGCUGUAUGGCUGUGUUGAGAAAGGUGUAUGAAUGGAGCCUUGACAGCGGCUUCUACAAGAUGAAAGGUCUGGACUCUCCCAAAAUCGACAUGGAUUCACUAUAUGACGCAACCACGGUUCUAUGUGACCACGACGGCGUCCGUCUAAGAUUAAACUAUGGUGAUAUCUCUGGCGUAUACCGAGACUGGAACUGUUGCCCCGGCGAGGAAUACUCCGUCAGUGAUCCCUUACACGCCGCUGUUGAGACGAUCGAGCUGCCCCCUCUUCCCUCUGGAAUCACAACAGACCAGAGCGAUUGGCUGGGAUUAGCAAAUCGACGACGAAUAUGGACUAGUUGUCAGCUUCUCCUGCCUCACUACUUCUAUGCUGUUCAAAGGAGGAUAUCGGAUAAUGGAACUUCCUCUGAUAUCACAGGCGCGGCCAUCGAAGGAAAACUUUUCCAGGUAUCAUACCCACCAGCAUCAGGCACAGCGUUUCAAACCUUCAUUCUUCACUCAUGGGAGGAGUUUCGCAUCACUCCUUCUGUUUUCGAGGCGUACUGGGACUCGAAUCAGAACUUGGUUGGCCUUUGCACAUCCUCUGGGAUAAGCAAACGGAUUCUUGGAAGAGAUGCUGAUUCGGAAAUGGGCGUGUGUCAUGAGAUCACAAAGUCUGCAGGCCGAAUCAAUACUGGUGAAUGGAUCCAGAAGUUGUCACUCGGCCUCGAGAUUUUGCAACCUUUACAUGGCACUGCCGUGAAAAGAGUAAUGAUAGGUGUGUUCAAGUCUUUCAGAGAGGCUUAUGCUGACAGAGUUAAGGGCACCCUCACGUCCGGAAGAAAAAUCAUGGCGAUAGACGGCCCAAGGCUCUGCACGAUCCCAGGAAAUGAGGGCAUCUUGCAGUUGCAAUGCAAGUUCCAUAGGGAAUUCGGGGAACGGGACAGGGGACUGGGCAGAAACAGUGGCGAUGUCUAUGAAGAGCUUGUCGAGUCAGAAGACACUCCUGUCCAUCAUUUCGACAUCGAUGGGCCAGGCCCCGAAUCCGUUAUCGGUGUAAAGGCACAAAGAACCAAUAACAAAAUUACAGCUCUCACAUUUUGCACGAACAUCGGACGCCAAGCGACUUUCGGCCAGGAGACGGAGGAUGAGUGGUUUACUUUCGAGGAAACCGGGAACGGAGUCCUGGUUGGUCUUGCUGCGGGAUUCUCCUUGGCUGCAGAUUCUCACGAAAAGGUCGACACUCUACUUGCUCAUCAAUUUGGCAACGCUUUGGCUCACCUUUACCUACAGCACUUCUCUUUGAUGAACUCUAUCAUGGUUCUGACGACUAAAUGGUUAGGCUAG